ACCGAAUGAUACCGAUAAAUACUGAACUUUACACGAAAAUUACUUACAUAUUAUUUUUAACGCGGUAUUAUUAUGAAAUAUUGUUUUCAAAACGUUCCACCGGAAAAUACCACUACAGUCUGACGCACGGAAAUAAAAACGGUCCGCGGACUCUUCGAAAAAAUUAAUAAUUCAACAGUACCGUCAUUAAAUCGUAGGUUUAUCAGAUAGGUUUACCUCGGGCUGUUUUACUUCGACGUUUUCCACCAGACACAACGACAGUAUUGUACAACUGGCAUACGGCGUCUACCCACCCACGUACGUUGUGUGUACAAACUCCGCGGUACGACGGCCAACACGUUUCUAUAAUGAGAAAUAUGGAAGGGGCCGGAGAACGGAGAAAAUAUAAUUGCGUUUAACGAGGGAACCUUGAAAAUCCGUCGUUGGAGCGGUUAAAAACAGCCGUGUAUGCACAAAUAUAUAUGGACGGAGUGACCGGUUUUUUUCAAACCGUGUUUCUGAGAUUACACAACAUUGUCGGCGGUACUAUUACGGAGACGAAGACGGAACGCACGCGAACGAGUACAAGUUGGUUAAACAGUUCAACUCUUUAAAACCGAAGCUAUAAGAACCGAAAAUUCGAUUGUUGCACUUUUGAAACAAGUCGGCAAUAAAAUACGUAUUUAUUAAAAACGUAACGCAAUGAUGUUAAUACUCAACUUGUCAGCAAGGUCUUGCGUACACGAAUUUCAAUAACGACGGAAUAAUACACUGGUCGCCGAACGGAAAACCGGAAAAAUAAUAAACGGUGAUAUCUCAUUAUCAGUUAUCACGAACCGUUGUCUGUAUACCUUGGUCACGAGCAAUGUUAUCGGGGAACGGUGAUUGUGACCGUACCAAAAAUAUUGCACGAUAUUAUUUCUGUAGAAACGUUUUAUGACCGUGUCGGAUUAGAAAUCCCGGCGUAUAUUACAAUAUUAAUACCGCGGAUUACUAUGAAAUAUUCUGUAGCGAAAAACGAGAAACGUUUUACGAAUGAACGCUGUCGUUAUCAGCGUUGAUAGCCGUCACUAACUUCCCACCCUGGAAUCCCGGGGCAAUAACACUGUUAUUGUUAUUUUUUACCGCUGUUUACCGCGAUUGAUAAUAACGAAUAUUACGUUUCGGUCGUUUCACUCGUUUCGGUUUUAAUAUAUAUUUUUUUUUUUCUAAUCGUAUUAUAUCGGGUGCCCGUCACGUAAUACCGCUACGACUUCGUUAUAACGUCGGCCAGCGCGUUGUAAACGCACAUCCGGAAUCUCUCCGACAUUUUCUGAUACCGCCGUCCAGCAUGUCCAACAAGCGUGUGUUUUAUUUUUACAAUCCGGAAGUGGGCAAUUUUCACUACGGACCGGCGCAUCCGAUGAAGCCCCACCGUCUGUCGGUCAUACACAGUUUGGUGUUGAACUACGGUCUUUAUAACAAAAUGCAAAUCUAUCGGCCGUACCGCGCCAGUGCUCACGACAUGUGCCGUUUUCAUCACGACGAGUACAUAGAGUUCCUCCAGAGGGUAACGCCGCAAAAUCUCACCACGUACAGCAAGUACUUGAACCAUUUCAACGUGGGCGAGGAUUGUCCCGUGUUCGAGGGCCUGUACGACUUUUGUUCUAUGUACACGGGCGCCUCGUUGGACGGCGCAAUGAAAUUGAACAAAAACUGUUGCGAUAUCGCCAUCAACUGGUCGGGCGGUCUCCAUCACGCCAAAAAGUUCGAAGCCUCCGGAUUCUGUUAUGUGAACGAUAUCGUAAUCGCUAUUCUGGAACUGUUGAAAUAUCACCCGAGGGUUUUGUACAUCGACAUCGACGUACAUCACGGCGACGGUGUUCAAGAAGCUUUCUACUUGACGGACCGCGUAAUGACCGUGUCGUUUCACAAGUACGGAAAUUGGUUUUUCCCCGGUACUGGCGACAUGUACGAAAUCGGAGCCGAUCUCGGACGAUAUUAUUCUGUAAAUGUUCCGUUGAAAGAAGGGAUUGACGAUUUCAGUUAUUCACAGGUACGAGAAGAUUUUUAAAAAUUAUUUCCCACCCGUUUGAGUUUUUUUUUUUUAUAGAUUGUUAUUAUUAUUUUUUUCUGCAGGUAUUUAAGCCUGUAAUUCAACACGUGAUGGAUCUUUACCAACCUACUGCAAUAGUCCUUCAAUGCGGUGCUGAUUCAUUAAACGGCGAUCGUUUAGGCUGUUUUAAUCUCAGUACCAAAGGACACGGAGAAUGUGUUAAAUUCAUCAAAGAUUUGAAUGUACCACUUUUAACCGUCGGCGGUGGAGGGUAAGUAAACAUUUUUUUUUAAAUUUACUAAUCUAUGGCAUUCUAAGGUAACACUCUUAUAGACUCAAUUUAAACAACCUUUUGAUUGAAUUACAUGAGUUAAAAUGUGUUCCAUGUUCUAAAGUUGUCUAAAAUAUAGUAUUAAAAUGUGUUUAAAAAAAAACAUAGAAAACCAAUUGAUAACAUUAAAAAUGUACUUGUUUUUUAUCACCCUGCCAAACAGUGCGAAAAACUGUUAACUACACCUAUAAUUUGGUUGAUCAAGAUAUAGAGGCUCACACUCAAAACAUUGAAAUGUUGCGGGAUUUUGCCAAAUGGGAAAAUAAAAAGCGUCGUGGAACCAAAAGAAAUGUUCUGGAAUCGUACUUGGCAGAAUUUGUGUAGAGAACACAACUUGGAGAAUAUUACGUUUGAAACUAUCUUAAAAAAUAUUUCUGAGUUCUGGCCUCCGUCAUAAUUUGAAAUAUUUGCUAUUUUAAUAUACAAUUUAAUUAACUUAAUAAUAAUAUUUUGUUAACAUUAACUAUAACAUUUUUAAAUACAAUUUAAUUUCUUUUUACAUUUUUCCUAUAAUAAUAUAUAGGGAAGAGGACUUGUAACUCUAAAAAAACGCUAAAUAUGCAAGCACUUAUGCACUUAAAAACCUUACAAUAUGCACUAAAAAUAUGCUCAUUAAUAUUUUUUAUAGUAAUCUAUUUAAAAAUAUGUAAAUAGUUUUUUUCCAAAAUUGUUAACAAAUUUUAAUUUCUUAAACAUUUUUAUUCUGAUCUUAAAAAAAAUAAAAAGUUUGUAUUUACUGUUUAAAAAUACAAUUUCAAGAUUGUGCAACUCUCGAGAGGUGUUUCAAUAAAAAUUUAUAUUAUAUGAUUAUAUAACAACCAUAAUAUAUAUAUGAUAAAAAUUUAAAUAAUUUUAAAUUUAACAAUAUUUUGGUUGUAUAUAAGUGAAAUUAAAACGUUGACAGAAAAAUAUUGAUUGAAUGAUAAAUUAUUUAAAAUAUGCUUCUAAAAUUACAAAAUGAAAGAAAUAUGCUCUGAAAUAAAAAAAAAAAGGGAAAGUAUGCAUUUAUAUGCAAAAUAAAAUUUCAAAAUUAGCUUUGUGAAUGCAUAAAAUAUAUUUGUUUCAUACUUUGCUAUUUUUAUUAGUUUGCAAAAUAAAUAUGCAAAUGCUACCAGGCUUCUGCCCUAAAUUAAUAUACAUUUUAAUUAUGUAUACCUACUUUCAUUUUUUUCGUAUUGUUUGGUGGGGCAAUAAAUUUAUUACGGCAUAUUGGCAGGACAAUAAGCUGAUAACAAACAAGUACCUAAAUUAAUUUAGUAGGUAUUUUAAAAAGGUAAUCCUUUUUAAAUAAUAUAUGUAAUAUGUGUAUGUCAUUAUUUAACAUGCAUUAUUUAUUGUUGCUAUUAUCUAAGUAUUUAUGUAUUAAUUCAUUUGUUAUUCAGGUAUACUUUAAGGAAUGUUGCUCGUUGUUGGACUUAUGAAACUUCUCUUUUGAUUGAUGAAGAAAUUAGCAAUAUAAUUCCGGAACAUGAAUACCGUGACUACUUUGCUCCUGAUUUUUUAUUACAUCCUGAAGUUGUAACUCGACAAGAUAAUGCCAACAGUAAACAAUACUUAGAGCUCAUAGUUAAGCAUACUUAUGAUAAUCUAAAAAUGGUUCAGCAUUCUCCUAGUGUACAAAUUCAAAAUGUUCCUGGUGACGCACUUCCUACUGAAGAAAUGAACGCAAUUGCUCUGGAUGAAACUGACCCAGAUGUAAGGCAACCACAAAUUGAACUUGAUCGAAGAGUUGAUGCAGCUAAUGAAUUUUACGAUGAUGACAAAGAUCAAGAUUUUGAUGAAACCAGAUAGGAAAUACGUAUUUUAAUAAUCAUAUUAAAUGUGAAUUAAAUAUUAUUAAUACAUCUUUGUGUAUUUCUUGUUAGUAUUUGUUCACAAU